AAAAUUAUUUUUGCAGUGGUGGUGACCUCCCGUGGUAGAUAGAAUAUUCGCAAUUGAACCCGGCAGACUUUUAUGAUUACUGCUAAUUACAAUGAAGAUGCGAUCGUAUUAGUAAAUGUUAUUUGAUCUAUUCAGUCGUAUAGUCGAACGCAAAGUGCAAAGUUACCCUGAUGCUUCUGCGUGUUGCUCUGUUGUGUGACGUCGUAUUGUCUUUUAAUAGUCAGCCCCUGUGACCGGUUUUUCCGUCGUUAACGAGACACCGAGACGCGCCCUCGUCCGACCUUGAAACCUAUAAUCGUUCAUAGCGUUCGAUGUUUGAAAUAUUAUCUGGAAAACUAUUAAUUGUGUUCUACGGAUUUGAAUCUUUUUUGUUUUCUUCGGCGCCUCGUUAACGCAGAGCAACAGUGAAAUGGCGAAAAAGACAUACGAUCUGUUGUUCAAGUUAUUGCUAAUUGGUGAUUCCGGAGUUGGCAAAACUUGUAUAUUGUUUAGAUUUUCUGAUGAUGCUUUUUCAACAACAUUUAUUUCUACUAUAGGUAUUGAUUUUAAAAUCAAGACAGUGGAAUUAAGAGGAAAGAAAAUCAAGUUACAAAUAUGGGAUACAGCUGGUCAAGAAAGAUUUCAUACUAUUACUACCUCAUAUUACAGAGGUGCAAUGGGUAUUAUGCUUGUUUAUGAUAUUACUAAUGAAAAAACGUUUGAAAAUAUUGUUAAAUGGUUAAGAAAUAUUGAUGAACAUGCAAACGAAGAUGUGGAAAAAAUGAUAUUGGGAAACAAAAGUGAUAUGGAAGACAAACGUGUUGUUAGCACAGAAAGAGGAGAGGCGAUAGCAAGAGAGCAUGGAAUUAGAUUUAUGGAAACAUCUGCAAAAGCAAAUAUUAACAUUGAUCGUGCAUUUAGUGAAUUAGCUGAAGCAAUAUUGGAAAAAACUCAUGGAAAAGAACCACAAGAUGCUCCUGAUAGAGUAACAGUUGAUCGAAGGGUGGAAAGAAAUUCUAAUCGGUGCUGCUAAUCUUAUAUUAUUUAUUUUAAUGGCGCAUAAUAUAAUAUAUAUCAGCUCGUGCCACUCAAAAUAGAUUUGUGGAUAGAUUUAGAGCAUAAUUUAAAGCAUAAUAGUAUAAUUAAACUCUUCACAACACUGCCUAAUUCAAAUUCGAUUGAAAUUAUUUGAAAAAAUUUCUAAUUAAAAUAUAUCUAAAUUUAAUUCAAAGUAUAAAACAAAAAAGAUAAUUCUAAUUUGAAAGUGAAGUUUUUUAAUUAUACCUGGAUUUUUUUUAAAGGGUGGGUUAUAAAUGCUGUUUGUCACAUAUAUGAUUGUACUUAUAAAUGUGUCUAUUGCAUGUAUACCAAGCAUUAAAGCUCUAUCAUAACUUUUAUAAUGAAAAAAAAAUCAAUAAUAUAUAUUUCUGAUGGAGCUUUAUUUUCUAUGUAAAAUUCCAUGCAUUGUUCCACGAACAAAGUCAACUAGGAAUUUGUUAUGAGGCUGCAAUUUGUUACCAUAAUGAGAAAAGUGAGAAUGAAUGUGGACGUCUUUUGAUCUUAAAAAAACUUAAGUGAAUAUUGAAUGCUUUUUCAUACAGUCAUUGCACUAUAUAUGCUUAUUUACAUCUUAAGUUAAAAUUUGAAAGCUUAAAAAUCAAGAGCUUUUAUCCUAUUUGUGUAAGACUAAUUUACUACAAAUAUAAAUAUUCACGAUUUCGAAA